CAUGUGACUAUCAAAAUGGUGGACAUGAGAAGUGUGUUGUGCCUAGCGUUUUCUCUUGCCUUGGCACUGGCAGGACCAACUCCUGUAGUUCUUUGGCAUGGGAUGGGUGACAGCUGCUGUAACCCUCUUAGCAUGGGGUCCAUUAAGGGCCUUAUUGAAAAACAGGUCAAGGGAGUUUAUGUAAAGUCUCUGGAGAUUGGAAAUAACAUUGUUGAGGAUACAGAGAAUGGAUUUUUAAUGAAUGUAAAUCAGCAGAUUGACCUUGUGUGUGGACAACUUUCCAAGGACUCUAAACUUCAGUCUGGCUACAAUGCCAUUGGAUUCUCCCAGGGUGGCCAGUUCUUAAGAGCCAUAGCUCAGAAGUGUCCAAAUCCCCCCAUGCUGAACCUCAUCUCUGUAGGGGGCCAACAUCAGGGUGUGUAUGGUUUUCCCCGUUGUCCAGGUGAUAAUAGUACACUGUGUGAUAUUGUCAGAAAGCUGCUGAACUUAGGGGCAUACAACAGUUUUGUGCAGAAUAAUCUUGUCCAAGCAGAAUACUGGCAUGACCCUCUCCAGGAGGAGGAAUAUAAAUCAAAGAGUGUGUUCUUAGCGGACCUGAAUCAGGAAAAUAAGAGAAAUGAGACCCAGAAAAACAAUUUGCUAAAACUGAAGAAUUUUGUGCUGGUCAAAUUCUUACAAGAUGAGAUGGUGGACCCCAGGGAUAGUGAGUGGUUUGGCUUCUACAAACCUGGACAAGCAAAAGAACUCUUCACCCUUUUUGAGUCACCACUUUAUCAAGAGGACUGGUUGGGAUUGAAGACAAUGAACAGCACUGGUCGGCUCCACUUUCUGGCUUCUCCCGGUGACCAUCUACAAUUUACAGAGCAAUGGUUCAUUGACAACAUAGUCUCCAAGUUCCUUAAGGGGUAGAUUCUGCACUGUCAGAACCAUGAAGUGAGAUUACAACUGAUCAGCAAGUUAUCAAGGUCUUCAAAAAAAAAAAAGUUUUCCCGAUUCUGUUGAUUAGUGUAGAUGAUUAUUUCCCUUGAUUUGAAAAUGAAUAACUGAUGAUUCAUCUUUGUAUAGGCUAAAGGAGUUAUUUUUCAAUUGAUCAAGUUAAUUUGAAAUCCAACUCUGUAUUUUAGUUUAACAAAGUAAAUUUGUUUAUGCCACAUUCACCGAAAAGUCCAUGUUGUGCUGUGAUAAGUAUUUGUAUAUUUUAAAUCUUGUAUGGUCACUUGACGACUUCAAUAUUUAUUGAUAAUUUUGAGUUUUCAGUUGGUUGUAUCUGUGGCCCUUAUAUUGUGUGAAGUAAAUUUAACAUUCUAAACA